AUGGUUGGUGCACCCUACUAUUCAGCACAUACAGUAGGUUCAAAUUCCAGAUGGAGAUUCAUGCAUGCAUGCUCCACAUAUUACUAUUAUUAUUCUUUGAUAAACCAUUGCGCUUCAUGGCAACGCCUGCCACACUGCUACAUCUUUAAUGUACACUGGGACUAUUUGACACUUCCCAACGUUGGUGCAAAUUUGUUGAAGAAAUUCAAGGUCAAUGGCAUUUUUGUAAUGACAUUGGAAGUGUUCGAUGAGAAACAUGAUUACAAGCCCAGGAAGCUGCCACCUUCACAGAGCGUCGGUGACUAUCGUCAAACUCCGGCACUUGGACCAGCGGAGUUCAAGCAGAGCUUUAAUGGACAAAGUCCAAUUGAAAACUAUAUCAAGUACCUUCCUCUCUACCCCCAUCCACCCCCUCAUUCUUACACUGUGAUUACUUUCCCCUCAUGCACAACUAUCCCCAGUGCCAACUGUGCGUCCCAGCGACUUGGAGCCGACUCGCUCACUUUGCAUUACUUCAUGACAAUGGACGCUUGGAGCACCCUCUUUUCUUGGUCUGUCGUUGGCCAUACCGUAUUCAGGCGCAUAUAUGCAGUGGGACGUGUUUGUUGGCUGCGAAUGCUCCUGUGCACGCACGAUCACACACUGCCCAUGACCCACCAAUGGCACCACUAUCCCAGCUACGGGGACGGGUGCCUCACCUCACCACCCCAGCUACAGCAACGAGUGCGGGCACCAGAUGACAGCCCCACACCAUCACCCUCGAAUGACGAAGGGAGCGUCACGGUAUUCAAACAAGGAUGGCGUGACUGA